AUGGUGAUGUCCAAGAGCAGUAAGAUGCUCAACUACAUCAACUACCGCAUGAAGGUGACGCUGCAGGACUCGCGCGUGCUCGUGGGGUACUUUAUGGCGUUCGACAAGCACAUGAACUUAGUGUUGGGCGACUGCGAAGAGUUCCGGACCCUGCGCGCCAAAGUGAAGCUGAGCGUGUCGGAAGAGCGCGUGGAAAAGCGCCACUUGGGCCUCGUGCUGCUGCGGGGCGAGAGCGUCGUGUCGCUGACGGUCGAAGGGCCGCCUCUGGCCAAGGAGAACGAGACGGUGGGGCCCAACGGACCGGGCGUCGCUCGGGCAGCUGGACGGGGCAUUCCCACUGCGCCCAUGGGAGCGGGUGCACUGCCGAUGGGACUUAUGGCGCCGAUGCGGGGCAUUGGGGGGCCGCCCUCGGGCAUGAUGCAGCCGGGACAAGUGGCAGCAAUGGCACAGCCGCAGGCGUACGGCCGAGGUCGCGGUAUGCCCGGACUUCCCGGUGGUAUGCCCGGACUUCCCGGCGGUAUGAUGCCUCCUCCUCGACCCAUGCCAAGCAUGGGAAUGCCCCCUCCUGGUAUGGGCCCGCCACUUGGAAUGGGAAUGGGCCCGCCACCGGGAAUGGGACCACCGCCGGGCAUGAUGCCUCCCCAGGGCAUGCGUGGGCCACCAGGUCCACCGCCUGGCAUGCGAGGUCCACCGGGACAGUAA